AUGAAUUACGAAUUAUAAAAAAACAACGAUUAAUCGAUUCCCUCGAAUAAAGACGAAUCUGGUAUCUAGGAUGAAAAGUAAAAUUCUGAAGACGACUACUAACAGAUACACAAUUAAGAUAUUAUAAAUGCUCAAAAAUCUUAAGAAAGUGCCAAGACGGAGAGUAAUUUUGUUUCUCACUACCCUGAAAAUAGCUCUCAACAUGGUAGUUAAAAAGUCUAAGACCCUUAAAGUUCUAACGAAGAAUAAUAAAAAUUAAAAAAUCAAGAAAGAAAACUAAAUACCCUUUACUUUGUUGGAGUUAAUAGUUUGCUCAUGAAUAUCUUGCUGAGUUUCUUCAUUCAUAUUUGCAUUCAAAUAUUAGUUAUAGCCUUAGCUAAUACUGUUACCUAUAUAUAUCUAUAUGAAUUUAAUUGGGCUAAAUAACUCUUUAAGUAUGGUUCUUUUUCUAUAUAGCAAUAGGCAAGAAGCAAAAUUACUAAUAAGAGAAUUAUAGUAUACUUUGGAAUCUUAUUAUGUUUUGGUCUUAUAAUAGUGAUAGUAAGAUUUUAAGAUUUAAAGAGUUAAUUUUAUUAUCUUUAAACAGAUGUUAAUCAAAACUAUUAAAGAAUCAACCAUCUACAGGCAUAAUUAAGAGAAUCUGAUUAGAUUAAAAAUAAUAAAGAGAUUUAAAGACAAGAAUAAAUGAUUUCUUUACUUUAAAAAUAAGUGAAUAAGCUAGAAAAACUAGCUUAAAGUCAAUCUGAAGAUAUUUAAGAACUAAAGGUAAAGCUUUUCUAUUAUUAAAGACAAUAAAUGUCAUAAAGUGAUUAAAACGACAAAUAAGAGUAGAAAUCUUAAAAAACACAUAAACAAAUUGAUUAAGAAUGCAAUAAUUGA